AGCCUGUAGUAGCGCCCGCGUGUCUCAGCCCCCCCCCACCCCCCUUAGUGUCAGCCCAGCCCGGGGGGUUGCGAGCAGCAUGAGAGUAGUGGCCUUAAUCAGUGGUGGAAAGGACAGCUGUUACAAUAUGAUGCAGUGUGUUGCUGCUGGGCAUCAGAUUGUUGCUCUCGCCAACUUAAGGCCUGCUGAAAACACAGAAGGGACAGAUGAGCUGGACAGCUACAUGUAUCAGACAGUAGGACAUCAUGCCAUAGACCUAUAUGCUGAAGCAAUGGAUUUGCCUCUCUAUCGUCACACCAUAAAGGGUACCAGUGUGGACACUGGAAGAGUGUAUACCAAGUGUGAAGGAGAUGAGGUCGAAGAUCUUUAUCAGCUUUUGAAACUUGUUAAGGACAAGGAAGGAGUUGAAGGUGUCUCUGUAGGAGCCAUUCUUUCUGACUAUCAACGAGUUCGAGUGGAAGACGUGUGUAAGAGGCUUAAUCUGCAGCCUUUAGCUUACCUUUGGCGUCGAAACCAGGAAGCUUUGCUCAAAGAAAUGAUAUCAUCUAACAUUCAAGCCAUCAUCAUAAAAGUAGCAGCUUUUGGUUUAGAUCCAGAUAAACAUCUAGGAAAAACAUUGGAUCAAAUGGAGCCUUAUCUUUUGGAGCUCUGUAAGAAGUAUGAAGUUCAUGUUUGUGGAGAAGGUGGGGAAUAUGAAACAUUCACUUUGGACUGUCCUCUGUUUAAGAAGAAAAUAGUUGUGGACUCAUCCCAAGUAGUUGUACAUUCAGCUGAUGCAUUUGCACCUGUGGCUUACCUUCGCUUUUUAAAAUUACAUUUAGAAGAUAAGGUGGAAUCUCCAGACAAGUUUAUGAUCUGUAGCUGUUCUUGCGAGGUAAGCUGUAAUGAGAUUAGUAUGCCACCUGUAUCUGAGGCAGAUGGACCACAGAAAACCCCUCCUAUCAUCUGGAAAUCAUCGGAACAUAAUUCUCUGCAAUACAGUGAGCCAUUAGAAUGUUCUGGAAAAUCCCUAAGUGGUUACCAGUGGGUUUCAGGCAUCACUGCCCGCUUCCUUCCACUAGAAGGAAGGAGCAUUCAAGAUGCAGCUCAGGAGGCAUUCUCUUCCCUCCAAGCUAAUAUGAAUUCAAAGGGAUUGGAAUUGAAAGAUAUUAUUUUGGUCCAUCUGUAUAUGAAGAACAUGAAAGAUUUUGCUGUUAUAAAUUCAGCUUAUAUGACAGAGUUUGAUUUGUGUCCACCGGCAAGAGUAUGUGUAGAAGCCCCAUUGCUUAAUGGAGUACUCUUUUGGAUGGAUUGCCUUGCACAUAAGUGUGACGUUACGAUCGGUGAUGUGCACUGUUAUCAAAAACAGAUCAUGCAUGUACAGAGCAUUUCUCACUGGGCACCUGCUAACAUAGGACCUUAUAGUCAGUCCAUCAAGAUUGGAGAAGUUCUAUACUGUGCUGGGCAGAUUGCAUUAGUACCUUGUACCAUGCAGCUUGUAGGUGGUGGCAUACAAACUGAGGCUACAGUUUCACUAAACCAUGUUGAAAAAGUCCUUAAAGCUAUGAGCCACAACAUUGAACUCCACCACAUCCUUAUGGCAAAUUGUUAUGUAACUGACAGAAAGUACAUUCCUGUCGCUCGCGCUAUAUGGCAAAAGAAAUUAAGUGAACUUAAAACGGCCGAAGAUCCAGAGAUGUACAGUGAUGUAGCUGCAGUCUGUGGAAUGCUAACUGUGGUCGUGGUUCCCCACCUACCCAGAGAUGCACUCAUUGAGUGGCAUGUCAUUGCAGUAGUGGAUGAUCCACCAAAAAGGAAAAGUUUUGUGAUGAAGAUGUUGUCAGAGGGCUGCCAAAUUGUAUGUGAAGCUGUGGAGUCCAGUUCUGCAUCUAGUGCAUCUAUCUCAAUAUGCCUAAACUUGAUUUCACCAUCUGCUUCGUCAGUCGAUUUAGAUAGGACUCUUCAUGAUAUGGUUGCUGUGUUUAGACAAGCUGUCAAGAAACUUUCAGAAGGUUGCAGUGCAAUUCCCUUGUGUUUUAGAACUUUCUACAGGACGGAUAGUUUUGAUGCUGGAACACUACAAGCAGGUUUUUGAAGACAUACUCAUGGAAAAUUCAGCUGGGAUACUGCCUACUGGAGCUAGCAAAUAACGUGUUACGUUGCCAUGUUCAUUUCUAACCUGACAUGAUAAUGACCUACAAGAAAUAAAUAUAAUAUAUUGCUUCUAAACCGGUGGUUUUCCAUCAGAUUAGAUGCACAGCAUUGAGCUAAUUCAGAUACUAUAGCAUCUGAGCACAAUAAGUUUCCAAUAUUUGAUGGAUGAUGCAUUCUUUAGGGAAUCAUAGUGGAUAAAACUAAGAGUAAUGAGAGGAAGUUGAGCAAAGUUACAAGGAAAGAUUUUCUUUAGGGCAUGUCUAGACAGGGACACUUUGUGAAUUAAGCUAAAGCAUUCUAAGACCACUUUACUUCUGAGUGAGUCAUUGAGUGUUAAAUAAUGCAUGUUAAAUUUACAUCUUCAGUUAAUUCAGUUUAACUUUCCUGAGUAUCCCCGUUUAGACAUACCCUCUGUGAAAUAGUUUCUGGAAGGAACUGGGGGAAUCUCCACCAUUUAUAGCCCCAGCCUACAAACACGAACAUGCUUCACUUUUCUCAAAACAUCUAAAAAGAGAAAAAAUAAAAUAUUAUGCAAUUUUUGUCCACACAGGACCUGUAUUACAUGUGCCAGAUUAAGGGGAAAUGAGAGUGUAACAGUUAUAGUGGCAGAGAAAACAGCAAAUUUUUUGGGAGAUUUAAGUAUUGUCACUUUACUAGAUAUUCUCAAAAUCUUUGAUAACUGAAAGGGAAGGUGAAAACUUGUCAGAGUAUAAAAAUAAAGAAAUGCAUCAUCACCUUCAGAUAUAAAAGAAAUACUCAA